AUGCGCACAACACGUCACAUCUGAAUAGGUAAAAACACUAAUUGCUUGGGAAACUUGUAACGCUUUGUGAUCUGUUGUUGUAAAGAUUAAUAGUAAAAAUGUCGUACGCUUAUCUUUUUAAAUACAUCAUCAUCGGGGAUACAGGUGUAGGAAAAUCAUGCCUUCUACUUCAAUUCACUGACAAACGCUUUCAGCCCGUCCAUGAUUUGACAAUCGGUGUCGAAUUUGGAGCUAGAAUGAUUACUAUUGACGGUAAACAGAUAAAACUGCAAAUUUGGGAUACGGCUGGACAAGAAUCGUUCAGGUCGAUAACCAGAUCAUACUAUCGAGGAGCUGCUGGGGCUUUGUUAGUCUAUGACAUCACUAGACGUGAUACUUUUAGUCAUUUGACAACUUGGCUUGAAGAUGCUCGUCAGCACUCCAGCUCAAACAUGGUAAUCAUGUUAAUUGGGAACAAAAGUGACCUUGAUGCCAGACGUGAAGUCAAAAGAGAAGAGGGCGAAUCCUUUGCAAGAGAGCAUGGUCUCAUCUUCAUGGAAACAUCAGCCAAAACUGCAGCAAAUGUUGAAGAGGCAUUCAUUGACACGGCCAAAGAAAUUUACAAGAAAAUCCAGGAGGGGGUGUUUGACAUCAACAAUGAGGCUAAUGGUAUCAAAUUGGGCCCACAACACGCCACCUCAAGUCAGGCCAUGCCAACAGGUGGCAGUAAGUCCAAUGAUGGCGGAGGUUGCUGCUAGAUUAAUCCAUUUGUAUCAAACUUUUAGUGGCUAACAUCCACUGACCUUAAAAGAAAAUAUUUCAUUAAUUUCUAACAAUACAACUUCCAUGUAAAGGUUAGCCUUAUUUCGAUUCGUUAUAAGAAGAUCAAAUUACUUUAGAAACUAUAACAAAAUUAUUUGAGCUCUUUAUUAACAUAAUGGCAUCGUUCUGCUGCUUUGACACAAACAUAUCUGGAAUAUUAAUACUCGUUGAUGUAACAUCAAAUCCUCCGUUGAAAUAUCUGGACAUUUGUUCAUACCUCAAACGCAAUACUUACCUUAGUUAGAUUUGGUCAUAAAUUAUAUCUUGGUUGAUUGACUGUGUUAGAAAUAGAAUGUAAAAUAUUGUAUUAUGUGAGAGAUGGCAUUUGUUUUGAAUCAUCCAAAGGUGAUGACUCUAUGUAAUGUGACAAUAAAUUAUGGACUGGUGCACUUAUAAUUAAAUGACUUUGGAAAUAAAGCAAAAGCAAUCUUUGAA